CCCGCAGCCGGUCACAUGCGGCGGGCGGAGCCGCCCGGGCCGGGCCCCGCUGCCGUCCCGCCCCCUGCUCCCUCCCCUCACCCCCGUCCUGCCUUAACGCAGCCCGGCGGCGGCGCGGCCAGAGCGUGGUCCCUGGUGCCGAUGGAGGCCGGCGCUGAGGCGGAGCCGCUGCUGCCCCCGCGGCGCUGGCGGGCGGGCCGGGGGCUGUGGUGGCAGCGCGGCGGUGCCCGCUCGGCGGCCGAGGACGGUGCUGGACCUGAUAAUGACCUUUAUAUAAACCAAGCCAUAGUAUUUAUUGAAGAUGCAAUACAAUAUCGAUCUAUAAAUCACCGUGUGGACUCUAAAUCCCUGUGGCUUUAUCGAUGGUACUAUUCCAGGACUUGCCAGUGGAUUUUGGGCUUGACCAUUACUGUAAUCCUGGCUUUGGCGUUCAUUGAGGAGCCAUCCUCGCUCACGGUCACGUCGGACGUGCGGUACCGCCUCCCUGCCUGGAGCCCUCCCUGUGGCCUCACCCAGAGCGUGGAGCUGCUCUGCUUCCUCGUCUUCGUGCUCGAUGUGUCUGUCAAGAGUUACUUAAUUGGAUGGAAAGAAUUUUGGAAAAAUAAAUGGCUAAUGGCUUACAUACUGACAUUAAUUGUUUCCCUUGCCGAUUGGAUUGUGUCACUGAGUUUUUUCUGCAAAGAGAGUGUGAGAAUAAGAAGAAUCCUUCGCCCCUUCUUCCUUCUCCAGAAUUCCUCCAUGAUGAAGAAAACGUUAAAAAGUAUCAACAGCACAUUGCCUGAAAUGGCCAGCGUUGUCCUACUGCUGGCUGUUCACCUGUCUCUCUUCACCAUGUUUGCCAUGCUGCUCUUUGCUCGAACAAAGGAUAACCAGCAGGAUAAGGAGUGGGUGGUGUAUUUCCGGAAUUUGCCCGAUUCCCUGACGUCGCUGCUGGUCCUGCUGACGACUGCAAAUAAUCCUGAUGUGAUGAUACCUGCAUAUUCGAAGAAUCGAGCAUAUUCCAUCUUCUUCAUCCUCUUUACUGUAUUAGGCAACUUGUUUUUGAUGAAUUUGCUGACAGCAAUAAUAUACAACCAGUUUCGAGGGUACCUUCUGAAAUCAGUUCAGUCCUCCCUCUUCAGGAGGCGGCUGGGAAUCCGGGCUGCGUUUGAGGUGCUGUCCUCCCUGAAGGAGACUCCUGCCAGUGCACAACAAUCCUGUGUCAGUGUUGGGGCCUUACUGCAGGUGCUGCAGAAAGUUGAGAUGGAUUCUCGCUGCAAGCAAGCCAUCAUGAGAUCACUCAAAAUGUGUUCCUGUGACCAACUGUCAGCUGCCCAGUUCCAGAAGCUCUUUGAAGAACUGGACAAAGAUGCCAUUAAGCAACACCCUCCCAGUCCAGAGUACCAAUCCCAUUUUAUGCAGAAAAUGCAGUUUGCCUUUGGCCAUCCCUACUUUGGCUACUUGGGCAAUGUGGUAGCCCUGGCUAACAUUAUUUCUAUUUGUGUGGUUUUGGUGCUGGAUGCAGAUAAGCAGCCAUCUGAACGAGAUGACUUCUUCCUGGGGGCCAUCAACUGCUUCUUCAUCCUGUACUACCUGCUGGAAAUGCUGCUGAAAAUCUUGGCAAUGGGCUUGAAAAGAUACUUGUCUUACCCAAGCAAUAGAUUUGAUGGACUUCUGACUGUCAUCUUGCUGAUCCUGGAGAUUGCAACUUUUGCUGUGUAUGGAUUUCCUCACCCUGGCUGGAGACCUGAGUUGAUGGGUUUGUUGUCCCUGUGGGAUAUGGUGCGCCUGGUGAACAUGCUCAUCGUGUUCAGGUUCCUCAGGAUCAUCCCCAACAUGAAGUUCAUGGCUUUGGUCGUUACUACACUGCUGGAUCUGGUGAAAAACUUAAGAGCCUUUGCAGGACUCCUUGUGGUGGUUUUCUAUGCAUUUGCUAUAACUGGCAUAAUGCUGUUUAAAGGUGCUGUUGUUCCCUUGGGAAAUACCAGUGCUGCCAACACAACACAAGGCAAUGCCACUCUGCAGUGUGGCACCUAUGAGCAGCUGGAAUACUGGCCCAACAACUUCGAUGACUUUGCUGCAGCAGUGGUGACCCUCUGGGAUGUGAUGGUGGUGAACAACUGGCAAGUCUUUCUGGAUGCUUUUUCAAGAUACUCAAGUCCGUGGUCAAAGAUCUAUUUUGUAGCCUGGUGGCUGAUUUCCUCUGUCAUCUGGGUCAAUCUCUUCGUAGCUUUACUCCUGGAGAACUUUAUUCACAAGUGGGACCGUCGCUGCCAGCGAGAGGCUCUUUCAGGAGUUGAAUACCAGAGGACAGUUGAACUCAUGUUCAGAGAUGUUUUGGAAGAACCUACAGAGGAGGAGUUGAUGGAAAAACUGCACCAGCACCCACACCUGCAGUUAUGUAGGUGACUGGUGGGAAGGACUGACUUAUUUAGACCUCUGUUUUCUUGAGGUUGUCAGCUGGAAGAAACUCAAUGGAUUUUCUGUGAGGAGAGGGGGUUUUAGGACACUAUGUGAGGUUUUCUUGGGAGUUCUCUGCAGAAAGGUUUUUUUUAUUUUGGGUUCACAUCUUUUUUUUGAAAAAGAUCUGAAUCUUGCUAACUCGAUUUUAAGUUGCAAUUUUAGAAGGAGUAUUGCAGCUGUUAUUUUUAUAAGGUGUUGAUAUCAGAAGGUUUUAUUUACUUUUUUUAAUAGGGGAAGACUGUAUAAAAUGAUGGUGCACUUUAAAACAUGAACUUUAUAACCACUAAGCCUGCUACUUUUUUCAGCACACGAAAACAGAGCUGCCUUUGCUGGCAGGCGAGUGUGGCAAGGGCUGUGCCCUGCAAUUCAUGAAUGGAUUAGGCAGGACCAGAGCAAAAUCCUUAAUCUUCUUGUAGUGAGAGCUGAAACACUAUUUUUGUCAUGUGACACCAGCAUAUCGUACAAAUUUGUGGGAGUUAAUCACGUCGGGACACAAUCAAUUCCAGCUUAGUAACAGGGACUGCCUGCUUGGCACAUCCUCUGUUUUUCUUUGCUUUCCAUGGGAGGGUUCCUGCUUCUUGUGCCCUUGUGGUCACUGAGAGCAGUUAGAACCUGCACUGCAGCAAUUGCACUUGUGGUCUUCAAUGUGGUAAAACUGAGCUCUCUUUCAGAGUCAGUGUUCUCAUGUUGCUCUUUACUGAACCUCUUCCUUUUACUUUCUUCCAAGUCAUGUUCUGCACUGUGUUGUAUUCCAUGAAAAAGCUAAGGGGGAUGAACUUCAUCUGGAAUGUUCUACCGUGAUCUCUGGAGUUGCUCACUUCAAGGGGAAAGGGGAAAAAAAAGGUUCCAUGGGAUAAUGGAAGUGCUUAGCAGCUGAAAUUUCAAUUUGAGCCUGUGGGAAUUGAAGGUGCUCAACCUGCAUUGCAGGAUGACAUUUUUUUGUGGAUGAAUGACCAUAUGAUGUGUACCACUAACUUUCACCUGGGUAAAACUUGGAGGGUAAAGAAGUUUCUCAACAAAUCCAAAGGGGAGGAUUCACAGUAAGCUGUGUCCACAUGCUCUUUGUUAUCCCUUAGUGUUCCUCUAAAAAGGUGUUUUUGCUUGAAUCUCUGCCACAUAACUAGUGAACUGCUGUGAGGAAUAGAAUCUACCACACUAUGGUUUUUAUAUGGGAGAAAUGAAACUGCCCUUUGGAGCACCACCUUCUCAUUGAGAUGCUUGUCACCAAAAUAGACAUUGUUGUGGUCACCUCUGUAUUGACUAAGGCUUGGGGAGGUAAUGGGCUACUAUUUAUAAGUCUCUUGAUGCUUUUUUUUAUUUAAAAACCAUUUUUCAGAAGUGCCAAGCCGUCAUCCUCUGUACCUUUCCUCGUCUUCUUUCAUCAUUUGCCAUUUCUCUCCGUCCUGCUGCUGGUGCAUUUGAGGUCAAAACCUUAUUUUUGCCUUGUCGUCUCACUGUUCAGAAAUUACUUAAUUAUUCUUGUCUGUUUCUUUACCUUUUUGCUUGUGUUUUCUUUGUGUUGUGGAGCAGAAUGUGUUGUUGCUUUCCUAUGUUCAGAACAAAGGUGAGCUAAAUCCUGAGCUCCUCCUGCAGUUGUUCUUGGCCUCUGUGUUCCUGCCUCUCAAGCCAUGCCCGUGUCUGUGUGCAGUCUCUUGUCUCUGCUCCAGAUUCAGCCGCCCAGGAACUCACUUGCACUGGUUUCAGUGGCACCAUCGUGCUGAUUUUCCGUCAUGCUCGUCAAACACUCAUCAUGGCAAGCCUGUCAAGGCAUCAGCACACGGUUUUUCUGCUUUUGAUUUGGUUCUGUUCAGUGUGGCUUCGUGUCAGGAUGGCUUCUGUUCCUUCUAGCAUGGUGUAUAAUCCUUGCCACCGAGGUAUUGGGACUUGCUACACAGUGCUUUAACACUCUUAUUUUACCUUUUUGCUGAAAAAAACCCUUUAUUUUUGUGUUCCACUUCUCUGAGCACUUGAGUAGCUUUACCUUGCCAAGAAGGAGGUAUCCAGUUCUUGUCAGCAUACAAGUUGGAUUAUUUUUUUGGCCUCUUGAGAUUCUUUGGGGUUUUGUGGUUGGUUUUUUUUUUUUUUUGCCAUUACAUUACACUACCAUCUUACCAUCUACCAAAGCAACACAGAUCGGUGUGGGAUUACCAUCAACAUCACAACUGUCUCCAUUAUGCCUUCUUUACACCUGGACAAACGUGGAGAAGGCAUUCUGAAGGGAAUAGUCUGUCUUGUUCUUGUUUCACACUUGUGUAAUGGACUGCAAGUUGUAACCAGAAUUUAAUACAAAAUUGUGCUACCUAAUGUCACUUGAACUGGAAGAUGUAAAUGACUACCAUAAGUCUUAUGCAAUAAUUGUACAAAUCAUGAAAAUGAAUGUAUGUCAUUAGGUAAAAUUUGAGUUUGCAUUAUUAAAAAAAAGAAUGUUUUCUUCUUGA